AUGUCACCUCCAAGUGCUCCUAAAGAGCCAUUCCCACUUACCACCGAGUUCUGCGACGUUGUGUGCGGAUUUGGCCGUGGUUCAGCAGAACUGGGUAUCCCAACAGCCAACAUUCCUAUUGACCAAUUGCCGGAAACGAUCGAUAGCCUUGCAUUGGGAGUAUACUUCGGCUACGCAAGACUCCAGCCCUCCGAUCGGACUGCUGAUCACCAAAUCCGUAAUCCACACCGUCCCGAUGGCUCCAGGGUUCAUUUCAACCACGGCCAACGUCUCACCGGCGGGGACCUGGACGUCUUGCCCGUUGUUUUGUCGAUAGGAAUCAACCCUUUCUACCAUAACAACGCCAAGACCGUCGAGUUGCAUUUGGUGCACACGUUUGCCCACGACUUUUACGGUGCCCAGAUCAAGUUCCGCAUCUUAGGCUAUAUCAGACCUGAGCUGGACUACACUACUCGCGAAGCUCUUAUCGCUGAUAUCCACAACGACAUCGCCAUCGCCCAGCGUGCACUUGCGCUUCCAGGAUACAUACGUCACCGUGACCUUUAG